AGUAGUUUGUAUUCGUGUUGCUUCCAGUGUGGUUGGUGUUUUCUGUCUCUCUUCUCACUAAAUUCAGUGUAGUUUCACUUAAAAUUUAUUCCUCACGGAAAUUUUACUUUUGAUUUUCUCCUUAUUCUUUUGCCACAUUGCUGGUAAAAUUUGUGCACAAAAUUCAGUGAUUUCCCCAUAAUCUCUCUACACCAUUAACAUUAAUUUAGUUCUUUUUGGGGGGAAAUAUUUGAAUGGAGCUCAAUAUAACAUUUGUGAAUUAACGUUGGAUUUUUCAACAUUCAUGUGACGCAGUUUGAUGAUUAUGACGCCAGAAGCCAAAACAUGAAUAGCGGGACGAGGAUGUUUUCUCUAUUUCUCACACUUCUCUUCAGUCUGGCCCUUGCAAAUGGAUUACCCCAGAAAUCUAAUCCCAAUGCCAUCCGCGUUAACAAGUGCUGUGAGAAAUUUGAAUUGUUAGUUGAUGCUGUCUGUACGAAUGUUAAUGAUUCAGCAGCAGAAUCAUCAGGAGCAUGGGCACCAAUUUUUACCGGCUACAACGGCGAGGAGAAUGUUCAAGUGUCUGACUGGAGGUACGUAAUAGGUCUCCCGGAUUGUGGACCACUGCAAAUGUGGCCAAUCUACCACUACAUCACAAGUGCCGAUAAACUGGUAUUGCUGCCAGAUGGGAAGAUGCGGCAUUUUAUCAAGAACACAAAUGAUGCUGAUGACUUCCACAAACACAUCUCCGAUACGGAUUUAAAACCACUCUACUACGACUACGAACCAGGGCAGUAUUGUAUGGAUAAGGCGGUACUCACGAAGGGAGCACAAACGAAACAGGCACAAUUUGCCAUUGUCUGUAGUCCGGAAAAGGUGACGCAUUGGACGGACACGGACUUCCUUUUGCGGAAAAUAAUUAAUCCCAUCUUUCAUGGAGUUUCCAUGAUUAUUCUCCUCAUGAUCGCCAUCAUUUACUUUGUCCUGCCUAGCCUACGGGAUCUCGUGGGGAAUAUUGUAACGACCAUCACUGUGUGCCUUAUUGUGAAUCAAGCAGCGGAUCUUGUGAGGAUCUUUACGGAAUUCAGUAGUCACGUUAGCUUCCUUGUUGCUGACACGAUACACUAUUUAAGCCUCAUGGCUGCAUUCUUCUGGCUCAACAGUAUGGGUUACUACAUCUGGAAGACUUUUAGAUCAAGAAAUGUCUUCCUGAGAGUCACAGACGGGCGAAAGUACUGCUGGUACUCAGGCUAUGCGUGGGGAGCAACAAUCUUCAUGACGGGUCUCGCGACAUUUGCCCACGUUUUCCUCGAUACAGCCCAAUCAAAGAAGCACAGCCUCGUUGAGGAUCAAGAAUCAAUGGGUUGGCUGGGAAUUGCAAUGUUCUUCACCCCCAUUGCCGUUCUAAUCUCCAUCAAUAUCUUCUUCUACGUCACCACGCAGAAGAUAAUCAACCGAAUGAACACCUACGGGAGGAUUCAUCAUAAGCUGAAGGCCAGCUUUGUAAUGUUCUCCCUCAUGUUUGCCGUGAUGAGUAUGGCAUGGCUCUUCUUGGUGCUCUCAUGGGUCAGGUACGAUGUCUUCCUGUACACCCACAUCGUGAUGAAUGCCCUGCAGGCACCCCUCCUGCUCUACAUCUGUGUUCUUCGGCAGAAACAUGUUACGUUCCUGCUGAAAAAGUCCUGCUGCUACAAUGAACCCCCAAGUGCGACAGAUUGGGGGGAUGAGAUGACGUACAUGAAUGGAGGAGACUACUAGACAAGCGAAUGUGAGUUCAAUGUCCCUUCACGCCGAAAAGGGUCUUUUUGGCGCCCCCAGACAUGCACACUCUAUCGAUUUCCUUCGCGACUUUGCGAAAUAUAAACUUCCGUACCCUCACGCCCCUAUUUUACAAUCGAUACGAACAUUCCCUGACCUCUGAACACACGAAAGGUUCAGUAGAGUCUUCAGAAUCUCAUUUUUUUCUCAUUUUAAUUAACAAACUGUAUCAGCUUGGUUGAGAGUCUCAAAUCAUUUACAUACUAAUUUUAGGAGAAGAAAAAAGUUGGAAACUUUUUUUUAAUAAAAAAAAAUCAAAAAGAUUUCUGCAUCUACUAGCAUUAAGAUCUCAGCUUGAAACUCAUAUAAAAAAAAGCAUUUUAGGAAAAAAAAGGAUAUUCUCUAGAUUUCAAGGAAUUAUUUUCCAAAAACAAAAUCUCCUUGAAUUUUGUACUUAAAGAAAACAUUCUUAUAGAACUGUGUGAACUAUCCUUUGUGUCGAUAAAUCUCAAAAGGUAUUUUGUAGCGACUUUGUAUAAAUUAUUGAAUAAAAAGAGAAACUUUUACUCACCUG